UCUUCCCCUAGUUGGACUGGCUCUCAAAGUGGGCGUUGAACGUUCACAUCUCGAAUCAUACUGAAUUUUGCCCUAAACUCGGUUAUUGUUAGUUGGAAAAAUGAUGAAAGAAGUUGUCAUUUUCCUUUUUGCUGUGAGCUACGUCUCCGCUAGCGUGCUGCUGGACAAGAAACAUGAUGCAGGUACUUAUGAUUCACUCAAAAGAUCURCAGCCAUCGACAUCCUGAGAGAUCUUGACAGCGGAGACAUAUCAAUCUUUGACGAUAAAAGAGAGAAUGACUACAACCAUGCGCUAUCGUUUUAUGAUUACAUCGAUGGCAUGCAGAAACGAGGAUGCGGAAACAAAUUUCCAGUUUGCAGGAAGYUGGCCCGAUUUUGCAGCCCAGCAUUAGCUAGAAGCAGACGUUUUAGAAGGAAACAUAGUUUUGCUGUAAAAUACUGUAAAMUAACAUGUCAUCUGUGCUAGACUGCCAGCUUCAUCGGGAUAACACUUCAAUCAAAAUCUACAAAAUUCUAUUAUUUUGGUUCACUAAGAAAACAUUGUGUUUUCAGUAUUAUUAGUAAACAAUGUUGUACAUUUAAUCAACUCAGUUGGCACGGUCAGUCAUAACUCUUACGAUAAAAAUAAAACUGAAGAAAUCGAGAAAGAACUCGAAAA